AUGAAAACGACACCCAACCCCAUGGCGGUAGGCGCCGAUAAGGCAUGCUCCUGUCAAACUAAAUCCCGGCGACAUGGCCUUGGAAUAGACAUCUCCUCGAAGCCACAAACCCGCGAUGGCGCUCGGCUGGCUCAAGCGAAGAAAUCUCUCCGUCUCGCGAUUUGCCUCCUUAAACUCGCUUAUUCUCACGAAGGAGUUGUGUUAAGGAAGUACGGCGCCCUGGUGGAGGAUGCACGCCUUAUUAAAGUCACCAGCUCAUCAGACGGGAUUUCAGCGACAAGAAAAUGUGAGCUGUCAUAUUUCCUUGGUGGCGCUCAGUCUUGUGCUAUGGGGGGCGUUUCAGAGAACGAUCCUGCGCCUGUGGUCUAUCUCACUUGCAGCGGACAGGUUGAUGCUCCGCGGCCCACGUUGUUCAUUGAUGAGAGCUGCAUCAUCACGGCAUGGACGGUAGGGUUAUUCAAGGCCAUGGUUGAUAUCACCGUUGCUUGGUCUAUUUUCAACUCCUCUCGUUCGGUCCAUCCGCCUCACAUGCAGGUAAUGCAGUACAGCUCCUUCACGAAACCUAAACUUGAGGUCAUGCUCACCCCAUCCGUUGGUUGGAUUUGCUUUUUACAAUCUUUCGCUAAAUCAACCUUUGUGCCUCUGCCCACCAACGGUAAUUGUUACACCACAGAGGCACGGAAACCAUGUUAUCCAAUAACUGGUUACCUUGGUGGCCAGGCAGGUUUGGGCUUUACGCAUUUGUCAAUGCCCUUCCAGAUCUUUCCAUGCACGCAACUGAGGCCGACUCCCCUCAAGAGCGGGAGGCUUUCGCUCCAGGUUACUAUUGGGAUGGGUACGCCGCUCGAAAUGUCCCCUCCUGAUCAUGAAUCGAACUUCUAG